AGGUCAUGAAUUAAAAAGAAGAAGCAAAUGUGAUUAUUUCAUGAUAAAAUAUAAUUUCUAUUAACAAAAUGAACAGUACAUUUAAAUUAUUUUCAUGCAUGCUGUACAAUCCAGUUAACAGAUUACACACUUGCGCUCCGAUUCUAGCCUGGUCUAAACCUGUUCUGCCAAUGAAAUUCAUAAACUACAAUAAAAAAGUAUAUCCACCUCAAAUAAAUGGCGAGGAACCACGUCCAGCAUAUAUUUGUCAUCAAAAAACUAAUAUUAAAUACAGUCCAAAAAAAUUAUGGUACAUAGCAUCAUUUGUAAGAGGAAUGACUGUAGAUGAAGCAGUGAAACAGUUAAGUUUUGUUAACAAAAAAGGAGCAGCAUAUGUUAAAGAAGCUAUCCUUGAAGCUCAAGAACUGGCUGUUCAGCAGCACAAUGUGGAAUUUAGAAGUAAUUUGUGGAUAGCUGAAUCAUUUGGUGGGAAAGGUAUGCUUAUAAAAGGCAUAAGGAGACAUGCUCGGGCAAGAUUUGGUGAAGUGCGUUAUCAAUAUAGUCACUAUUUUGUACGCUUAGAAGAAGGAAAACCUCCAGAAGACUAUUACAAACGAAAACCUUUGACACCACCCCAACAACUUGAUAUAUGGUUAGAUCAAAUGAGGAAACGAAAAAUUAUUAAUUCAUAUUGAGGUUCAUAAUAAAAAGUAGCAUUAAAUAGAAAAUGCUUUUGU